AUGAACUCACAAAAAGUAGCAUUGAUCACAGCAGGCGGUAGCGGCAUGGGUGCAGCCUCGGCCAUUCGACUCGCAGCCGAUGGUUAUGCCGUUGCGAUCCUCUCAUCGUCAGGCAAAGGCGAAGCGCUCGCCAAAGAGCUGGGCGGCAUUGGUGUCACUGGGUCAAACCAGUCUGUCGACGAUUUACAGCGUCUAGUUGAUCUAGCCAUGGAGAAAUGGGGGCGUAUCGAUGUGCUGGUUAACAGUGCCGGACACGGCCCACGAGCGCCAGUUUUAGAACUAACCGACGAAGAAUGG